AAGCUGUUUCUUAAAAUACAAUCUAUGUAUAUCAUUUAGAAAUAAGUAUUCUCAUUUUAGAAACUGGAUAAUAAGACGAUCUCGUAAAGACUCACUUUCAGCCAGGGGACCGUCCAUAAAUUAUGCCACGUAAAAGGUUGGGUCCAAGGCUCCAACGAUAUCGUUCCUAUGUGACAGUCAUACGUUAAAGGGGGAAAGGAUGUCUAGAAAUUCGCGAUUCUUGCGUUACACAAUUUAGGAAUGUCCCCCAAGCCACGAGAAGGAGGCGCUCUGCUCGCUCUACACGCAUAAAUAAAUCAGUCGACCCUUCCGCAAAAUCAGAACAGAUUCUUUCCUCGCCAAGAUAAUUACACAUCCAAUUUGAUUUAAAGUUUUUUUGCUACAAUCCCAAGAAUAAUUUAAUACGAGAAUAAAAUGUCGGGAACUUGUUGCCGCGGAUGGUACACGUUGGGACAGGGAACGCUCACGAUUGGAAUUCUCAAUGUCGUCGUUGGCGUCUUCAUCAUCGUCUGGAAUUCCAUGGGGGUCAAUUUCGCGAUCAACUAUCCCGACGGAUUUAUUACUGGUUCUUUCUUUCACCGACAUUUGGCUCUCAUUAUCACGGUGGAUUGCAUCACUAUCUUUGUAAUGGUGGUGUUCUUCGUCAUGGCAUGCUUUCUGAUUCAUGGAUAUCGUUUGCGCAGUCACCGCUGGAUUACGCCAUGGUUGAUCUGGAGCUACGUCACCCUUGGCUACUGCGCUUUUGUGAUUUUGGCGCUAUUUUUGGUUUUCGUCGCCGAUGGAAGGGUCGCCGAGGGAUUCCAUUUCCUCGCCGUGUACGGCUGCCUUCUAGGAGUGCAGACUUACUUUAUCUUCGUGGUAAAAAGAUUCGUCCAAGAAUUGAAGGGAGUAGAGUUGCAACUUCAACUCGUCUGCACUCGGCUUUCUGAGUCAAGCCGAGUUGAGUUGGCCUCAAGUAAGCCGUCUGGCGUCUACUCAAUGAGUCGGCUUAUUGAGUUGUGAGUGAGUCCAACUACUUAUAAGUCGGCUUGGCUUGACUCACAACUCAAUAGCUCGGCUUACUGGCAACUCUAGAAGGGAGGAGUGGUUAAUUAGGCUUCUCAAAAUUAUUGGCCGGAACAUAUAUUUUUUUUAAUUUGUUGUGAAAUUUUUGGGACCACGAUCUGACAAGAAGUUUAAAUUUCGAUUUAU